CAAUUAAGAUGACAUGAUAAAACAUUCAGGGUGAUAGAAGUUUUAGCCUAUAAAACAACCGAUCUACCGGUAGAGUUGGUCACUUUCUUUUUCGGUGCGUUCUUGAUUAGGUAGUGUUUUCUUUUCUCAAAUCAUGAAGGCUGUCACGAUAUUGCUGAUGGCCCUGGUGGUAGCCAUAUCGGCCCGAUGCGUUCGAGAUAACACCACCGGUCAGCCCGGAUGUAAGAAACAGGAAGAGCUCACUCAGGGCGUCUGGCGUCACAAUCACGAUCCAACGGCGUACUGGGAAUGCGUCAAACUAAACGAACCGGGAGUUCUGAAGCGUUGCGGUAGCGAAACCGCUUUCCAUCCUACCCUGCUGGAGUGCGUCAACUGGGAUGAGUGGGAAUGGGAACCAUCCUGUGCACCCAUUUCGCGACCGGAUAACUAACGACGACGAUGACGUUUUGACGUUCGACAACAACAACAACAACAGCAGGCAUGUGUAGAUUGAUGGGCAAUCAUCGGUGAAAGAUCUAACGGCAAUAAGUGAUAAUAGCUCCUCGAUUGUUUUUCGGCAUGGAUCUUAAGUUAGCGAAAACAGCUCAAUAAAAUGAUUGAUAACAGUA